CGGAGCUGCUCAGGUGUUCACUGAGCAGACGGCACACUCGCUGCAGGAGCUCUGCCUCUCUGAACCGGACCGCGGCUCAGAGCAUGCUGCUGGUUCUGUGACCCGGUCUCAGUGGACUUGGAUGGACGACGGAGAGAGAAGCUGAUCUGGACCUGCAGAACCGAGACGGGUCGCCCACUUCCAGCAGCUACAGUGGUUCUAGAGAUGGGUUGUUUAGGAGGGAAGACUGACGAAGAACGACUGGAUGAAAAAGCUAAAAGAGAAGCAAACAAGAAGAUCGAGAAGCAGCUGCAGAAAGAGCGACAGGCUUAUAAAGCCACACACCGACUGCUGCUGCUGGGUGCAGGAGAAUCAGGUAAAAGCACCAUCGUAAAGCAGAUGAGGAUUCUUCACGUUGACGGUUUCAACGCUGAGGAGAAGCAGCAGAAGAGUCAGGACAUCAGGAAGAACGUGAAGGACGCCAUCGUGACCAUCGUGUCGGCCAUGAGCGCGCUGACUCCGCCCGUCUCUCUGGGUAACCCCAACAACCAGUUCAGGGUGGACUACAUCAAGAGCAUCGCUCCCCUUUUAGACUUCGAAUACACCGAGGACUUCUUCGAGCAUACCCAGAAACUGUGGGAGGAUGACGGCAUCAAGGCCUGCUUCGAACGCUCCAAUGAAUAUCAGCUGAUCGACUGCGCUCAGUACUUCCUGGACCGGCUGGACUCUGUCAGGAGGCCUGACUACACACCUACGGACCAGGACUUGCUGCGCUGCAGGGUACUGACCUCAGGCAUCAUUGAAACCAGGUUUCAGGUGGACAAAGUCAACUUCCAUAUGUUUGAUGUAGGUGGUCAGAGGGAUGAGCGCAGGAAGUGGAUCCAGUGCUUCAACGACGUGACGGCCAUCAUCUUCGUGGCAGCCAGCAGCAGCUACAACAUGGUCAUCAGAGAGGACAACUCCACCAACCGCCUCCGGGAGUCCCUGGACCUGUUCAGAUCCAUCUGGACCAACAGGUUUCUGAAGACCAUCUCAGUGAUUCUGUUCCUGAACAAGCAGGACGUGCUGGCUGACAAGAUUCUGGCAGGAAAGUCUAAACUGGAGGAUUAUUUCCCGGAGUACAGGAACUACCAGGUUCCUCCUGACUGUAAGAACCAACACGCGUGUGCAGACAGACACGUGAGGAACACAGAACACUUCCCAACAUCCAUGUGUGUGUCUUUCCCAGCUGUUCCAGAUGCUGAGGAAGACCCUCAAGUGACCAGAGCAAAGUUCUUCAUCAGAGACGAGUUCCUGAGGAUCAGUACGGCCAGCGGUGACGGCAAACAUUACUGCUACCCCCACUUCACCUGCGCCAUCGACACCGAGAACAUCCGCCGCGUCUUCAACGACUGCCGUGACAUCAUCCAGCGCAUGCACCUGCGGCAGUACGAGCUGCUCUGAUUGGCUGCCUGCCCUAGCCCCGCCCCUUCCUGUUAGGUCACGGAGACAUCUCCAUGUGUUUAGGGUAGAAAUGAGCGCUACUAGUGAUUCUGAAGGUCAGGGUCAUGCCGAGGCUUGUGGGUAGUUUGGUGUACAAGCUGUGACUGGCCAACCGUUGUCAUGACUACAGAGAGCCAGCAUUUUAUUGGAAUAUUAAUAUUUUCAAUGUUGUCAAAGUGUUUUAGAGCUCACUUGUAACCUGUCGCUGAUUGGCUGUUUCAGAUAAUAUAACUUUUUUGAUCCAAUCAGAGCUCAUUUAAUCCAAACAGGAAGUUGAUCUGCUAACUUUAUCAACAUUAAAGAGGAUUUAUCUGAG